AUGUCCCCGUCUGCCCUCGUUGUCCGCGGGGACCCCAUCAUCGGCUUCCACCGAGACCUCUUCCGAAUCUGCCUCGCCAACCCUCCUCCCGGGCGGACCGCCCGGCUGGCCCUCCUAUUGCUCCCAGCCUCUCAAAGGCCCCAGACGGGCUGGCGCCAGCCCUGCUCCGAGCCGCCGCGGCCCUGGUCGAGCGCGAGGGGGCCGGAUCUCCCUCCCGUCGUCGAGAGUCCGUCUAUCACUCCCCUCGCGGGCGGACGCAUCCACAUCUCCGGGCCCGGGGUGGCUCAUUCCGUCGUCGUCCCUGCCUCGGCAUCCUCCUACUGUCCAGCGGGAGAUCAUCGGGCCCUUGCUUCGGACGCGCGGUCACCAUCUCCCGGGCGCAGUGCCGUCAAGCCUGCCGUCUGCCUCUCUCCCAUCGUCUCAGCAACUGUCAUCAGUCCCCGCCGAGUCGUCUCCCUUGGCGUCGCCACCCCCUCCUGCCCCAUCGAUGUCACCCUUGGUCCCGCGCCUCCUUCUGUGGCUCCUCCACCUCUGGCGCCUUCAGAUACGGCACCCCCUCUGUUUCCCGCUCGUUCGCCGUCUCCUCCGGCCGCGGUUCCUCUGGUUGAGCCUCCCCAGGGGCUGCAUCCCCUGGUUCCUCCCCAUCCCGCCCCUGUCGCUCGCUUCCCUCCGCCUCGUGGCCAGUCUCCCCCGCUUCUGCCCGACGCACCUGAUCCUAAGGACGACAAGACGUGGUGGAACGGAGAGCUGUGGUAG